ACGUCCUCUUGCUUUGGCUUUUUGCCUUUAGAAGAACAAAGCAAAAGUGAAAGCUAAAGAACACUACUGUUGCUAAUGCUGUGCUAAAUGAUCAUCUCCAGCACUGAGUGACAAAGAUUUGGCAAAGAUGAAGGAACAAAAUCGAACCCACGGUGUCGAUCGAUCAAACAAAGCAAAGCCUUGAAAAAAAUGGAGAGAGAAAGCGAAAAAAGAACAAAAAAAAAAAAACAAACUCGUAAAGUUACUGCUACGCCAGAACUGGUUGACCACUUGUUAACACGUCGAAGUUUCUAAAGUCAAAUACGCAGGGACUUUUCCCUCUUCGUGGAAGAGAGAGAGAAUAAACAAUCUUUCUUCUCGCUAAUGUUAGCUAUGUCCGAUCAACGAAAGAAUUUCCCUCUCUUUCGUAACUCGCGGCCGGGGGAUCGCAGCCGUCGAUCCGCGAGCGUUUAAAAGGGGGCCGGGGAAUGUAAAUGGGAAAAAUGGGACGGUUUAAGAUUAAAGAGGGGCCGCAAACACGCAAGAGACUGGGCGCCUCGCGUCUCUCCGCCGUGUGCUCUUCGCGAAUCGCGCGCGAGAGAGGUAUGUUUGAUCUUCUCCUCCCCCGCCUCCUCCACGAUCCGCGCGGCGCUGCUGCUCCCGGGCGAUGAUCUCUCGCGCCGCGGCCGGGCUUUCCUCGUAGGUCAGGAUGGUGCUGCUCCAGCCGCCGCGCGCGAUCUCGGUAGACUAGGCAAUGGCGGUCACACGCGGCUCGUGAUUCCGAGUGAAAUUUCGGGGAGGAUUGGAUUGCUUUGACCGGGAUCGGCAGGAACAGGUCUAGGAGGUGUCACGCCAGUUUGGAUUGCCGGGAGCCCUAAACCUCGCGCUGGUUCUCUGGGAAAGAACGCAAGAGAGGUCUCUAGCGACGAAAAAGAAGGCAUCUGGAGAGCUCAUGUGUGGAGGACUUGGUAAAUUUCUUCUCUAGCGAGCAACAAAGGAAGAAGGUCGUCAAUGAGAAACGUGGUCGAGAUAGCGAUGCAAGUGUUGCUACCAUCCUGGGGAGAAAUCAACGUUUCCUUUGCGGCGGCGGUGCUGGUGAUCUUCAUUUUUGGUGUUGUGCGGCAUGUCGAACGUCUGCGAGAAGCUGCCGGGGGAUUUUUUCUCUCCGCCGCGGAGGACUUUGGUGUGGAGGGAAUUCGCGAGAGGGAGCUGGAGAGAACGAAAGAGAACUCUUCGAAAGUGGACGCGGGAAGCCAGCCUAUGUACUUCGUUAAGCUGGAACUUCUAGCGGCGAAGAAUAUAGCAGCUGCGAAUCUAAAUGGAACGUCUGAUCCUUACGCGGUACUCACCUAUGGUUCUCAAAAGCGUUUCAGCUCUUUGGUUCCUGGUUCAAGAAAUCCCAUGUGGGGAGAAGAAUUUGACUUUUAUAUUGAUGACCUCCCAGCUCAAAUCAUAAUAGCGAUUUACGACUGGGAUAUAAUCUGGAAAAGCACAGAACUUGGCUCGACAACCAUCGAGAUCAAAGAGGAGGGACAAACAGAAGCUAUUUGGCAUUCUUUGAUUGGCACCUCUGGACAGGUUUGCGUUCAAACAUGUACUCGCCGUGUGCCAACAGCAGGGACUGUUGCUGGAACCAAUCGACGACGAUUUCUAGAAUCGCCGACUGGCACAGAAGUUCGUCAAAAGCCGGGGCCGCUGCAGACAAUCUUUGACCUGCCUCCUGAUGAAAUGGUUGAGCACAAGUUUUCAUGCGCGCUGGAGAGAUCAUUUUUGUACCAUGGGCGUAUGUACGUGUCUGCUUGGCACAUAUGCUUUCAUUCGAAUGUCUUUGCUAAACAACUAAAGGUCGUGUUGCCUUACGAUAUCGUAGAAGAGAUCAAGAAAAGUCAGCACGCCUUCAUCAACCCCGCGAUCACCAUCAUUUUGAGGGCUGGUACAGGUGGUCAGGGUGUUCCUCCUCUUGCUAGUCCAGAUGGUAGAGCAAAGUAUAAAUUUGCAUCCUUUUGGAACCGGAAUCAUGCACACAGGGUUCUCCAACGCGCUGUGAAAAACUAUCAAGGAAAUGAGGAAGCCGCGAAGCAGGAUAAGUUCAUGCGAGUUCACAGCACAAGGUACCAGGAACAGCAGGUCGUACCAUUUGUGUCUAGUGUGGAUGAGACUACUCCGAUUGAAGAAACAAAAGUGGUGCAACCUUUUAUCAAAGACGACGUUCUAGUUGACAUUGUAGAGGAUAUGCUGCCUUGCUCUGCCGAGCAAUUUUUUGCUUCCGUACUAAGCGACAAGUCGGACUUUACGACGCGCUAUCGAGCAGAGCGCGAAGACACUGAAUUGCAGAUCGAACCAUGGCGCAAUCCGGAGGAGUACAGCGGUAUUCUGCGGAAAGUUACGUAUCGAGCAAAGUGUAACAGCCCAAUGUGUCCUCCAGACACCGCAAUGACUGACACACAGCACAUCUUCUUUUCGGGCGAGAAGAAACUACUGCAUUGGGAAAGCAUUCAACAGGCGCAUGACGUUCCAUUCGGUUCCUCGUUCGAGAUCCACGCAAGAUGGACAGUGGAAACGCUCUCGGAAUCAAAGUGCAAGCUGAGCGUCAAAGUUGGAACUAACUUCAAGAAGCGACUGUUCAUGGCGUCGAAGAUUCGAAGUGGUGCUGAAUCUGAGUACAAAACUGAUGCAAUGAAGUUCAUCGAGAUCAUCAAGAAGGGUCUCAAGGAGACCGGUUCUACCGCCAACGAUGAAUCGAGUGUUUCUACUCCGGCCUUGGAGAUUCCCCUCGUCGGCACAGCAAAGACUUCGUGACAGCAAAGAAAGAACAAACAAUUCCUGACAGUUUUGGUAGAGAGAAAAUGACGUAUGGAGAGGAUGAUUUGAUUGACAGCCGUGGAUCUGGUGAUCCGGAAUGUCAUGCCGAUGCAGAGAUCUUGGCCGCACGUUGACAGCGGUGGAAUCCGGACGUGUAAUGAGAAUCCAAUCGACGUGAAAUAUCAUAAAAAGCUCUAGUCGCGA